AUGACGAAUCAUCCUCAUCAACAUCAUCAUCAUCAUCACCACCAUCAUCAACACCAACAUCAAAUUGAUCAUUCAACACAACAUAAAUCACAUUUAUCAUCAAGUACAAUACCACCAAGAAGAAAAACAAGAGAAGAAAUAUUAGCAGAUUUUGAAAAUGAUUUAAUAAAAUUUGAAUCAAUGUCUAUAAAAAUAGAUGGUCAUGAUGAAGCAUUAAUAUUUUCAAGAAAUAUGGAACCAAUGCCUCAAAGACUUUAUUUCAUAUUACCUGAAUAUUGUACAUAUCAUUUAAGUUUAAGAUAUAAAAUCAAACAAAGACCAUUAAAUAAAUUAUCAUAUCAUCAAACUGUUAAAAAAUCAGGAAUAAUAGUAGAUUCAAGAGAUUUAGCAAUGAAUCAAUGUGCAUUAGUAAAUAAUCCUUAUGAUGAAAAUGAUUAUCAUGAAAUUACAUUUAUACCUGCUGGUACUCCAGGUGGUGCUUUUUUAAGAGGUGAAUAUCCUGCUAAAUCUAUAAUAAAAGAAGAUGGUAAAACUAUAUGGUCAUAUAAAUGGACAAUAAAAAUUGUUAAAAAAGCAGAUAAACCACAAAUUGGUGGAUUUGAUUAA